AUGGAGACCUACGCGGCAACGGCGUCGCCACCCACGUGCGUGGACAAGCUCAGCCACCAGCUCUUCUCCCUGCUCGAGAGCGAGUUCCUCAUCGGCGGGUGGUGCCCGUCCGGCCCCGGGAGGCCAGCGCGGGCGCUCCUCGACGGCGGCGGCCGCGUGCGGGUGCUCGCCAUCGACGGCUGCGGCGCGGGCGCCGAGGACGCGCUCCUGGCCGCCGCGGCGCUCGCGAGGCUCGAGGCCAAGCUGCGAGACUGCACGGGGGACCCCGACGCGCGCGUCGCGGACUUCUUCGACGUGGCCGCGGGCGCCGGCGCAGGCGGCGUCCUCGCCGCGAUGCUGCUCCUCAGGGGCGCCGACGGCCAACCGCGGUACUCGGCCCAGGAGGCGCUCGCGUUCGUCGCCGGCAUCGUCGGGAGGAAGGACUGGUGCGGCCGGAGCCGGCGCGGUGGGUGGGCGAAGCUCUUCCAAGGCUCUCGCGGCGGCGGCGACCGCAUGCUCCGCCGCGUGUUCGGGGACGCCACGCUCAGGGACACCGUGGCGCCGCUCCUCGUGCCGUGCUACGACCUCGGCACGGCCGCGCCGUUCGUGUUCUCGCGCGCCGACGCCGUCGAGAGCGAUAGCUUCGACUUCCGCCUCCGCGACGUGUGUGCCGCCACCUGCGCCGCGGGCGGCGCGCUCGCGAGCGAGUUCCCCCUCGCCACCGGCGUCGAAGACCUCCUCGUGCUCUCCAUCGGCGCCGGUGCCUCCUCGGCCACCGUAUCCGUGUGCGACGGGUCGAGCACGCCCAUGCCCACGCGUUCUCCGUCGCCGCGGGAGCUGGCGCGCGUAACCGCCGAGGGCGUCGCGGACAUGGUGGACGAGUCAGUGGCCAUGGCGUUCGGACUCGCUUGCGGAAGCAACUACGUGCGCAUCCAGGCCGGCAAGGCGCCGGCGCCGCUCCACGCGGCCACCGCAUCCGCGGCAGCGGGAGCGAUGCUUGCGCAGCGGAACGUGGAGUCGGUGCUGUUCCAGGGGCGGAGGCUGUCGGAGCGGACCAACGCCGAGAAGGUGGACGCGAUGGCCGCGGAGCUGGUCAAGGAGCAGGAGCGGCGGAGGCGCAGCCCGCUUCCGAACGUGGCCAUCAAACAGGUCGGCACGCCGCGCCUGUCGUCGGCGACCACUGCUUCGUCGGGCACUGCGACGGCCAGGACGGCGUCGACGAUGCCGUCGCCGGCGUCAUGGGAGUCGCGCAGAUAG